CCACAUUCUCUGUUACUAAUUAUAGCCCUCUUUUCCCCAUUUUUCACGACCCAUUAUCCAUUCAUGGCGCUUCAACUUUUAGACUCCAUCUCCGAGCUCAUUCCUGACCAACCAAUGGGGGUUCACAGCUAAAUAAACUCAUUUCAGUUACGUCUUCCAUUUUUGGUCUUACCGGCCGUGAUGGGGAGGACUCCGGCCCACUCAUCGCCGGAAUCGAACCUCGAGAUCAAAAUCCAGUCCCGGCUAAGCGACCCUCACCCAUUGGGCCCACAACCACCGCGGUCCCGGCAUCAUCAUCAUCAUCCGCCACCGCGAGACUUCCACCUCUUCAAGAAAUGGUUCCCUUGGUUGGUCCCAACAAUUGUGGUGGUCAACAUUGGUUUAUUUGUUAUGGCAAUGUAUAUCAAUGAUUGCCCUCGUACCUCCCAGAGCUGCCUCGGUGCUCAUAUAUUGGGCCGGUUUGCGUUUCAGAACACCACCGAGAACCCCCUCCUUGGUCCUUCAGCAGCCACGCUACUGAAAAUUGGGGCUCUACAAGCAGAGAAAGUGGUCAAAGGACACCAAGCAUGGCGCCUAGUCACUUGUAUGUGGUUACAUGCGGGGGUGUUCCAUGUUCUUGCCAAUAUGUUGAGUCUGCUAUUUGUUGGCAUUCGACUCGAAAAGGAGUUUGGAUUUGCCGUGGGAAUCCUCCCUCAUGUAGACAACUUUGCACAUCUUGGUGGAUUUGCCUCCGGUUUUCUUCUUGGAUUUGUUCUUUUGGUCCGCCCCCAUUUUGGAUGGGUCAACCAAAGAAAUGCUCCUCCUGGUUACUUUGGAACUUCAACUAAAUCCAAGUACAAGAUAUAUCAGUACAUAUUGUUGGGUCUCUCUCUGAUACUUCUAAUCAUUGGAUUUACGUUUGGACUGGUUUUGCUCCUCCGAGGGGUUGAUGGGAAUGAGCACUGCUCUUGGUGUCAUUACUUGAGCUGUGUCCCUACCCCUCUAUGGAAUUGUGAUAAGCAAUGCACGUCCAUUCAGUAUGGAAACCAGCUAAAAUUGACAUGCCUACAGAACCACAAAAGCAUGAACUAUGUAUUGGCAAACGGAAACAACACCAGUGAGAUUCAGCAGCUGUGUUCUGACCUGUGCAAUUGA